CGUGAUAGUUGACAACCAGCAUAACAGGAACAAAAUGGCUGCUACAGGGGAUGAAGCGGCAGCGAUGGACAGCAUCUCCAGGGAACCAGCAGCCGUGUCAGCGGGGUUAAGUAGAGCUGCUGGCGGCGUAGCUCAGGCUGAACGCACGGAAGAUCCACCGGAAGCUCCGUCGGUAGCUCCAAAGAAACCCGGAACUAACGCUGAUGGAGGAGUGGAGACUGCAGAGGAGGCUGUGGAGCCAGCAGAGCCAGACAUCAACGAGCUUUGCUCUGAUAUGUUUGAGAAGAUGGCCAUUUUCCUGCAGGGGGAGCUCACAGCAACCUGUGAGGAUUACCUGCUAUUGGAGAACAUGAACAAACUCACAAGUCUGAAAUACAUGGAAAUGAAGGACAUUACUAUCAAUAUAAGUCGGAACCUGCAGGAUCUAAACGACAAGUAUGCGAGUCUACAGCCGUACCUGGACCAGAUAAAUAAGAUUGAGGAGCAAGUUUCAGCUCUUGAACAAGCUGCGUACAAACUGGACGCCUACUCCAAGAAACUGGAAGCCAGAUUUAAGAAACUGGAGAAGCGAUGAGGAAGAGAAGAGCAGGAAGAUUGUUGGUUUUGGUGCCUCCCUAGGGUUUGCUUUAGAUGUGGCUGCAGCAUCAUCCGUCUGUUCAGACGCUACCUUUCCUGAAUGAAAUCAGUGAAACAUCCUCAACAAAUAAUGAAAUCAAAUAUAAACAUGUUUCGUUUAUUUGAUGUUACCUUUUUGAAUAAAGUUGGACGUUCUUACGUUGA